GAAAGCUUGAAAAUCCUUGAGCGGCUGGUGGAAGACACGGAGAACCAAGAACUCAUUUUCAUCAGAGCCGUUGCUAGUCAUUUCCUGGCCUGUCACUACUGUGAGAGUAAGAAGAUUCCUCAUGCACAUGCCCACUCCAAAGCCAACGUUCAGUUGUGCAGUAGUGCAACAGCAGAAGACAAAGGGCGAAGCCUCAAAUUUGGGGGGAAAGUGGUCUCUGCAAGCGAUGUUUUUGGUGGUCUCAAGAAAGCAUCCGACAACAUCCGAAAAGGGAGCGGGGACAUCUUGGCAUGCUGCGAUCAAGACUUAUGUCUUAUUCUUCAGAAGCUGGUUGCCUUGGGUUCAAACCCUUUGGAUAUCCAUAUGUCUCUCUCUGAAAUGCAACCUGGGACAGCCCAGGAAUGGCUUGACUUGGCGCACAAGCUAAGCUCAAAAGUUGCAGAUGGUUCCAAACUGUUCAAGAUGCCACCAACCCUGAACUCAAAGGCCCUGGCAGCAGUGAAAUCCUUUCCUGAGUCUGACAAGACAUACUUGGUCUUUGGCAAGGGAACCAUCCACAGUGUGAGUCAAAUUUUUCAAGAUCCAGGCUUGCCUGAUGAAGUAGCCCAGGAUAUUGAUGCCAAGUUUCAGGAUAAGCUUGUAUACCGGGUUUUCGAGGUGGAUAUGAUUAGAGUCAAGUGGGGGGAAACUCACAAUGUUUUCCGUAGUGUGCAGGUGGUACUCUGCAGUGCUGAAGAUAGCUAUGAAAAGAAUCUAUUGUCAACGUUUGUCGCUGCUUGCUUGGAACCGGAAGGCAAAACCUAUUUGGAUACACCCGCUCCCGCAGAUGGUUCGAGACCCAAAAAGGUGCUUUUUGCCACAUCGCCCUGUGCCAAACACCCACAGAUCAGAACAUUCAUGGCCAAUGAUGGGCUGUAA